AUGAGCCACGUCGACCUGUCGACAACGACGACAUCGUCAUCAUCUUCCUCCUCUUCCACUCUCCGAAAAAGACCAAUUUUUGUAUCUAGAAUCGUUCCAGUGGGUGAUGAUGAUUCUUCUUCGUCUCAUUUUCUGAAUAACAAUUCCGAGCACAAUAGCCAAGGAUUCAAUCAUGAUGAUGCCGAUGGCAAAAGAAGCACAAAUCAUAAGCAACUCGGUGAUUCGAAAAAGAAGAAUCCUUCACCGAUGAGAAACUCCUCCACGUUCACUACAAUUGUAGUGAGACUUAUUUUCUUUGUAUUGGUGUUGAGUGUUUGUAUCUAUGGAAUUGUAAAGUAUCUUUCGAGAAGGAGUGAAAUGAGGAGACAAGCCACUCUAUUAAAUUCUCAUUUGACAAGACAUCAUACAUCGGAUGAUAAUACAGCGCCCAUGGAGAGAGUCGAUCAGUUGACUUCUUCUACGGCAUCUUCUAACAAUGAUAAAAUUUCUUCAACAUGUGAUGGAACGGAAUUACAAGACAAAAAACCCCACCCAGAUACAAACUCUAACAUUGAUAUUUUAGAUGACAGUCGGAGUCGUCACGAUGCGAACAAAGUUGACGUCACACCGAUGGAUGAGAGUACGGAUGAAUUUAGAAGAAAUGCUGUCAAGAAUGCGUUUCUUCAUGCUUGGAGGGGCUACGAAAAGUAUGCAUGGGGACAUGAUGAAGUUCGACCUCUCACUAACGAUUCAAGAGACAAUUUUGGAAAUAUGGCUGCAACUAUUGUCGAUUCUCUUGAUACUAUGAUUAUAAUGAACCUUCAUGAGGAGCUUGCCAAAGCUAGAGAACAUGUCUUGUCUUUGGAUUUCAAUAAGGAUCAAUGGGUAUCUGUUUUUGAAACCACCAUUCGUUAUAUUGGUGGUUUUUUAAGUGCUUUCGAUCUCACUCAAGAUAGCGCCUAUUUAAUUAAGGCUCGCGAACUCGGAGAAAAGUUAUUACCUGCCUUUCAUGCAGAUAGCAAGUUUCCUCACACCGAAGUCAAUCUAUACACAGGAGCCUUUAAGAAUGCAGAAUGGCAUCGAACAAGCUCCAUUCUUAGUGAGGUUGGAUCGAUUCAAUUAGAAUUUAAGUAUUUGAGCCACCAUAGUGGAGAUAAGAGAUUUUGGCAAAUUUCUCAAGAAAUUAUGGAUGCAUUGGAUAAACAACCAAAAGCAAGAGAGGGUCUUUACCCUGCCUAUGUGACCACCGAUCGUGGCUUGUUGAUGGGAGACCACAUUACUUUGGGAGCCCUCGGUGACUCAUUCUUUGAAUAUUUACUUAAACAAUGGCUGCUCACAGGAGAGGAGCAAUUCCAUAGAAUGUAUCGAGAAUUUGUGAAAGGAAUGAAAAAGCAUCUCAUUGCCAGAUCGUCUCCAAGCAAUCUUGUCUAUGUUGGAGAGCUAAAGAAUGGCCAAUUGGAUCCAAAAUUCGAUCACUUGGUUUGCUUUGUGCCUGGAAUGUUGGCUCUUGGAUCUGUCAAUCGUGGAGCAAAUGUUAGUCAAGAAGAAUUGAAUGAGGACUUGGAGCUUGCUAAAGAAUUGACUCGCACUUGCUACGAAAUUUAUAGCAGACAACCUACCGGUAUUGGAUGUGAAAUCGUUUAUUUCUCAAAUACUACUCAUGAUUUCAAUGUUCAAGCUCCAUUUUACAUUUUGAGACCAGAAGCUGUCGAAUCAAUAUUUAUUCUCUACAGAAUUACAAAAGAUCCAAUGUACAAGGAAUGGGGAUGGAACAUUUUCAAAUCCAUUGAAAAGCAUUGCAAGACACCAAUUGCAUAUGCUGGAUUGAAAAAUGUUCUUGUAGUUGGAGGUGUACAAGACAAUGCCAUGGAAUCGUUUUUCAUGUCGGAAACACUUAAAUAUUUGUAUUUACUGUUUACGGACCACAAAAUUCCGCUGGACAAGUAUGUGUUUACCACUGAGGCUCACCCACUCUCCCCUCUCCACUGA